AGUGGUUGAAGGGGGUAGAGCAGUUCCAGCUCUGAUCCCAAGGAGGUGAGAAGCCAUCGCCAGAAAUGGCCCCUGCUGUAGGUGUCCUGUAGUUUGCACGUGGCCACGUUUGCGCUCUACUGCGUUUUUCUUUCUUUCUCUCUUUUUUUUUUUUUUAAACCUCCACCCUCUGUCGCCAACCUUCACGCCAGCCGCUGUCAUGUUUCCAUCCCCGGUGUGCAUUCAUUCUCUGCAGAGUUGACGAGCGGCCAGCGUUUGAAUGUCACGGAGGAGUGGAUGAGUGCCAGCCCCUCGCGUCUUUCCCCGCAAGGUAAGACGGUUCCGAAGGAGGGAGGCUGACCAGCUCAGACGGGUUGUCGGGAUGAGGUCACGUGGUUCACGAUGCGACGGGUCAAGGUUUGGAAAACCCAGAAAUGAUUGAAUGAUUAAAGUGCCACAGUUACAGCCCGCACAAAGAUUACCAUUAAUUGCACAGAGGGGUGGGCAAUAAAAGAGGCGUAACGGGACGGCUGACUUGCUGACUGCUUGCAAUGUGCAGAUAUUUAUUUCUUUAUUCUCUUGGUGCAUCGAAUUAUUAAAUAGGACUGUGGUUGGUUUAAUAAACCUGAUCCAGGAUAGGCUGACCACUUAUGAUGGUUCACCAAACUUUAAUUUGAUUUCAUUUCUCAAUUAAGACGUGGCGUAAAUGUCUGAUGGGUUCACGAAGAAUAUUUGGAAUAUUCAAAGAAUAUUGUGGAUGUUGAAACAGUCUAAAAUCGCUCCUGCCCAUCACAGACGAGCUCCUAAAAAUUCGAUUAACCCCACUACCCACCCCCUCCCCACCCGAAUUAGUUGCCAGCUUUUUACGCUCGCUAGGACCCAGAGGCAACCUCGUACCGGCCAGUGUGAGCGAGUGCGCUCCGGGGGGACGGAGGUGGGGGGAGACUGAGCGAAAUGUCAUCUUCAGCAUCUUAAAUUAGAAGAAACACAAAACUUGAAAUCUCCACACGUGACGGCGGCACGACGCUAUAUGAGGAAAAAGGCAGCGAGCAUCAGGACCAGUUUGAGAGUCAGUCACCGCUGAACCUCAGCAGCGCGCAGAACGCAGACUCACUCGCCGGCUCCCAUUUUCCGCUUUUAAGCAAGCAACACAUAGAGGAGGAAAGGAAACCCCCUCCCUUCACCGCUACCACCUUUUUCCUCCUCCUCGGACCUCUGUUCUCUUCUGGAGACACAAGUUUCUGCACACAGAGAGGGAUGCUGCAUGUUCCCGAGCCGCACUUGCACUCAGAGGGAACCUAAAAGUGGACCGGAGUGGAUAUACACUUUCUCUUAGUAAAGCGCACCAAAACGGACACUUUUACUGACUGGAGGAUCAGCGCGCUCCAUAAAAUGAUCCCAGACGGCGACGUGAUACCAUGUCGCAUCUCGUCUGAUGUUUGACACUUUUGAGGAUUGACUAAAGAAACUGGAGGAAGACAUUGUAAAGUCAGAGAAUCCAUUCCAGGCCCAGCUGGCACAUUUUUACCAGAGUCCGAACAACAGCCCCGCCGUCCAGAUGCAGUUUCGACUCUUCUCAUUUGCCCUGAUCGUAUUGAACUGUAUGGAGUACAGCAACUGUCAGGCGCCGUCGCAACGCUGGAGGAGAAACAAAAGAGCUAGCUAUGGCGCGUACCCUAUCUGCAAAGGCUGCUCGGUGUGCUCCAGGGACAACGGCUGUGUAAACUGCCAGCCCAAGCUCUUCCUGUUUCUUCGGAGGGAGCGGAUGAGGCAGUACGGGGAGUGUCUUCACGACUGUCCGGCCGGAUACUACGGCAUGCGCAGCCCGGAACUCAACAUGUGCUCCAGGUGCAGGAUAGAGAACUGCGAGUCCUGCUUCAGUAAAGACUUCUGCACCAAGUGCAAGUCGGGUUUUUAUCUACACAAAGGGCGCUGCUUUGAUAAGUGCCCCGAGGGCUUUGCCCCACUGGAAGACACCAUGGAGUGCGGAGAGGGCUGCGAGGUGGGUCAGUGGAGUGAAUGGGGAACCUGCACCAGGAGAAACAAAACCUGCGGCUAUAAGUGGGGUCUGGAGACCCGGACGCGGCACAUCGUAAAGAAACCACCCAAGGACACAAUACCCUGUCCCACCAUCGCCGAGUCCAGGAUGUGCAAAAUGGCCAUGAGGCACUGCAGGACAGGUGGUUCGGGGAAGCACCGAAACAAAGAACCAAAGAAGAACAAGAACAAGCAGAGGCUGAGGUUUCGGGCCCAGAACCAGCACAGCGACCACUUGGCCUCUGCGCGCUCCAGCCAGUGAGGACUGAAUCUACCCAUUGAACAAAGAACCAACGCAAAGCUGCUAGCUGCUGCUGCUGCACCCAUAUUCUGACUGACGACUAUCACGAGCACCACCACCACCACCACCACCACCACCUCCCCACCUAAAUCACAGCCCUUCCCAUCCUCUGCCCUCCCCACCAGGACGCAGCCACGACUCAAAAAAAUAUAUAUAUCUCAACAAAAAUUAUGCCGUGUAACACGCAAUAUCAGUACCAACACAAUAAUACGUGCUUUUCAUGCCUCUGCCUCCCGCUGUGUCUCCCAACCUCUGUUCCCCCAACCCCACAUCUCACCUUGCCUUGUGGACCUUUACAGUUGACAUUACUGAACUCAUUUCCCAUCAUUAACAAUGUCAUUAACCGUCCAGGGUGAUGAAAGAAGAGGGGGCGACCGGAGGUUUUGUGGAGGCGGGAGAGAGCAGGAAAGAGGGUGGUGGGUAGGUGAGGUAGUGAGGGAGUUGGCAAUCUAUACUGUUCGCGGAAUAUGCUGGAGGAUGCGGAAGCAAAUGAUGCCGAUGGACAAGAAAAUGGCAUCUUGAACUGAGAGAGACUGUUUUUUUUGUUCCUAUAUUUAUGUCGAAGCCACCCUCACUUUCCUUCGAAAAGGAGACGGCGUGUUCCCAUGCGUGGCCUUUAUGUUAUGUACAUUUUUGAGAGUAAUAUUAAUUACCAUGCAUAGUUGCAAAGUAUUUUAUUCUCAGCACAAACUGUUUACGUUCAGACCGCUUUAUGCUCUAACUGUAUAGUGUGAAAAAAAAGAAGAAAAUUUAGUUGUUCGACUAGCAUGGCAAACGACUCAUGUACAUAGUUGAUCUAAUUAUGAAAGCUUAUUACUGUAUUUUCAGUAUUGACUCGUUCACCAUUGUUUUAGAGAUUAAAAAAAAAGGUUGUAAUACGAGCUACAGAUUAAAAUGAUUAAAAAACAAAUAAUAAACAUAGCCACCACAUAGCUAUUUCAUUUAUAUGGUAUAUAUUUGAUUUAUUUAUUAAUUCUGUUUUGUACUAUUUUUUUUUUUUGUUCAGUGAGAAUUUUUGCCUCAUACUGUUACUCUUAUAUGCUGAAUUAUUCUUUGACUUCCUUAUAACAGUGCAUAUCUUUAACACGUGGAAAAGGUUUUUGUCUGUCACGCAAGUGUGUUGUAUAACAUUCAUUUGACCUAAUCUACUGAUUUUGAUGUUUUAAAGAAGAAGAAAAAAAACACUAAUAAUAAAAAACUAUGCUUUGACAUAUUCUAGGUUUAAUUAAUUAGGAUCCGGCAAAUGUAUGGUCAUAGGACUGCAUAUGUGUACAUUGUGUUUUAUUAAAAUACAUUUCAUGUGACUGUA